AUGGCAGAACUGUAUCCGUCCAUUGCGCAGUGCGCUGUUGUGGCUACAGCGCUCAAGGUGCUGCUAUUUCCUGCUUACAAGUCGACCGACUUCGAAGUUCAUCGCAACUGGCUCGCUCUAACGCAUUCCCUGCCCAUUAAACAGUGGUACUAUGAAAAAACCUCAGAAUGGACUCUAGACUAUCCGCCCUUUUUCGCCUACUUUGAGUGGCUUAUGUCUCAAGCCGCUGCAUAUGUCGACCCAGGUCUACUAAACGUCAAAGAUCUGGGAUAUGACAGCUGGCAGACUAUAUACUUUCAGCGUACUACAGUCAUCGUUACCGAGCUUGUCUUGGUAUAUGCUUUGCAUCUCUACGUGAAGACAUCAAAGUCCAAGGUGACUGCCCAUGCCGCUGCACUCUCCGUCUUGCUGUCUCCAGGACUCCUAAUCAUCGACCACAUCCACUUUCAGUACAAUGGCUUCCUCUACGGCAUUCUCAUACUGUCUAUGGUCCUGGCCCGGAACAACUCGACACUCUUAUUGUCUGGUCUGCUCUUUGCAGCUCUGCUGUGCCUCAAGCACAUAUACUUGUACCUCGCACCUGCUUACUUCGUUUACCUUUUGCGCGCUUACUGCUUAGGGCAGCAGUCGUCCUUCCCGUACUUUACUAUUCGGUUCUUCAACUGCGUCAAGUUGGGAGUAGGUAUCGUUGCUGUCUUCGCAGCUGCGUUCGGUCCAUUCGCGAUAUGGGAGCAAAUACCGCAAGUGUUCAGUCGCUUGUUCCCAUUCUCGCGGGGUCUAUGUCAUGCGUACUGGGCGCCAAAUGUCUGGGCGAUGUAUUCGUUCUCUGAUCGAGUUUUGAUUUACCUUGCCCCGCGUCUUGGGUUACGCGUUGAUCAAGAGGCAGUGAACAGUGUCACUCGAGGUCUUGUUGGGGACACGUCCUUCGCGGUGCUACCAGAUAUUAGCCCUUUGAUCUGCUUUCUUCUUACACUUGGCACACAGAUACCUGUUCUCCUCCGCCUCCUAUACAAACCCACCUGGGAGGCCUUUGUAGGUGCUGUGACGCUUUGCGGCUAUGCAUCUUUCUUGUUCGGCUGGCAUGUUCAUGAGAAGGCGAUCCUGCUCGUCAUAAUCCCAUUCAGUCUGAUAGCACUCCAGGAUCGCAGAUACUUCGGCGCUUUCCGGCCCCUAGCUGUCGCCGGUCACGUAUCGCUUUUUCCUCUACUGUACACGGCAGCUGAGUUUCCUGUGAAGACAGUCUACACUAUCUUCUGGCUUGUACUCUUCCUUAUCGCGUUCGAUAGGCUAGCUCCUGCUUCACCCAAACCCAGAAUCUUCUUGCUUGAUCGCUUCUCUCUCCUCUAUAUCGCUCUUUCAAUUCCACUGAUUGCAUACUGCUCCUUGGUUCACGGGAUAGUGUUUGGCUCUCGAUACGAGUUCCUGCCGCUCAUGUUUACGAGUUCGUACUCAGCAGUUGGUGUGGUAGGCAGCUGGGUCGGCUUUUUGGUAGUGUACUUCGACUUGUAG